AUGGAAUCAGCAUUACCACACUACUGGUGGAAUGUUGAAAUGAAGAACUCAACAUUCUUUAGUGCACUCGAACAAAUUAAAACUACUACUACGGAUUCAACAAACAAUGUUCAAAAUCAUAGCUUCAUAUUUCCUCUUAACUUUUCAUACCUUUCCCUUUCACUAAUAACCCUCUUAUUCACAUGCAUUUUCGCCCGCUUUCUUCAUGCACGAAACACAAAACCAAAGCUUCCACUUCCACCAGGACCUUCCCUCUUUACCAUGUUAACAAACCUCUUUGAAUUUAUAAGAAAGCCACAACAAACAUUGGCCAAGAUUGCUAAGCUUUAUGCCCCAGACAUAAUGCUUUUGAGGCUUGGCCAAUCAACCACUGUAAUAAUCUCUUCACCAAACAUUGCCAAAGAAGUUCUCCAAACCAAUGAUUUAUUGUUCUCCGAUCGAACGGUUCCGAGUAUUGUGACUUCCCUAGAUCACCAUAACUAUAGCUUGCCAUUUCUUCCUGUCUGUCCUCUUUGGAGAGACUUCAGGAGAAUAUGCAACGAUCAAUUAUUCGCCAAUAAGACCCUUGAUGCGAGUCAAGGUCUUAGGCGUAAGAAGCUUCAAGAUCUUCUUAACGAUAUGCAAAAAUACGGCCGGACUGGCAAAGCCGUUGAUGUAGGGCAUGCGGCUUUUAGGGCAUGCAUAAAUUUCUUGUCCUAUACUUUUGUGUCCGAGGAUUUUGUUGAAUCUGUAGAGAAUGGAGAGUACAAGGACAUUGUGUCCACUCUCUUGAAACUAACUGGAUCAACUAAUGUGGUUGAUAUUUUUCCAUUUUUAAAGAUUUUUGAUCCUCAAGGUCUUCAUAGACACACUAUUAAUUACCUUACCAAGUUCUUCCACAGCUUGGACAAGUUAAUUGACAAAAGGUUGAAGCUAAGAGAAGAACCGCAUUAUGUCACAAAUAAUGAUAUGUUGGACACACUACUUGACAUUUCUCAAGAAGAUAGCCAAAAAAUGGACAGGAGAAAGAUCAGACACUUUUUACUUGACCUACUUGUUGCAGGAACAGAUACAACAGCAUAUGGAUUAGAAAGAACAAUGACAGAAGUACUCCACAAUCCAGAAGUUAUGUUCAAAGCCAAACAAGAAUUAGAACAAAACAUUGGACGUGGUAACCCUAUUGAUGAAUCAGAUAUUGCAAAACUGCCAUACUUACAAGCAAUUGUAAAAGAGAGUUUACGGUUACACCCUCCAGCUCCACUCUUGCUCCCAAGAAAAGCUAAGGUGGAUGUGGAAAUCUCAGGUUAUAGGAUCCCACAAGGUACAAGGGUCCUCAUAAAUGAAUGGGCUAUUGGAAGAAACCCUAAUGUGUGGGACGAUGCCAAUUUGUUCUUGCCUGAGAGAUUCUUGGGAUCUAAAAUUGAUGUUAAAGGAAGAGAUUUUCAGCUGACACCAUUCGGAAGUGGAAGAAGAAUUUGUCCUGGCUCACCAUUAGCCAUGAGAAUGAUUCAUGUCAUGUUCGGAUCGUUGAUCAAUUCUUUUGAUUGGAAAAUUGAAAACAUGGACAAAGAUCUACCACUGAGAGCUAUUCCUAUCAUAAUCAACAACUAAGGAGCCUCUUAAUUGGUCUCCUUUUUAUCCAAUGUUGAUUUAGUUAUGGCUCUAUAAUUCUCCUUGAAUAAUGACUAGUU